AUGGCUCUACUUUUCCGGCCGGCGAAUAACCUCAAGCUUCUAACAUCCUUUCUCCGGCCAUUUUCAUCGUCGACGACGACGACCGACGAUUCAAGUACAAUCACCGUCGAAACUAGUUUAUCUUUCACAAGUCACAAAUGCGAGCCUCCUCCACGUACAGUAGAAACCACGCCAAACGAACUUAUGCAUUUCUUCCGUAUCAUGUCAAUGAUGCGUCGUAUGGAGAUAGCUGCUGAUUCUCUUUACAAAGCGAAGAUGAUUCGUGGAUUCUGUCACCUCUACGACGGUCAGGAAGCGAUAACCGUCGGCAUGGAGGCGGCGAUUACUAAAAAAGACGCUGUUAUUACUGCUUAUCGUGAUCACUGCAUCUUCAUCUCCCGUGGUGGAACCCUUCUGGAGGCGUACGCUGAACUGAUGGGAAGAGAAGGAGGUUGUUCGAAGGGGAAGGGUGGAUCGAUGCAUAUGUAUAAGAAGGAUAGUGGAUUCUUUGGUGGACAUGGGAUUGUUGGUGCUCAGGUACCUUUGGGAUGUGGUUUGGCUUUUGCUCAGAAGUAUCUUAAGGAAGAGACUGUUACUUUUAAUUUAUAUGGUGAUGGUGCGGCGAAUCAGGGUCAGUUGUUUGAAGCCCUAAAUAUGGCUGCUCUUUGGAAUCUUCCUGUCAUCUUGGUUUGUGAAAACAAUCACUAUGGAAUGGGGACAGCUGAGUGGAGAGCAUCCAAAAAUCCAGCUUAUUAUAAGAGAGGAGAUUAUGUUCCUGGCUUAAAGGUAGAUGGCAUGGAUGUCCUAGCUGUUAAACAAGCUUGCAAAUUCGCAAAGGAGCAUGCUUUAAAGAAUGGACCCAUUAUACUUGAAAUGGACACUUACAGAUAUCAUGGCCAUUCAAUGUCUGAUCCUGGUAGCACAUAUCGAACACGCGAUGAGAUUAGUGGUAUCAGACAGGAUCGUGAUCCAAUUGAAAGAGUAAGAAAGCUGAUAUUAUCUCUUAAGCUGGCAUCUGAGAAUGAGCUUAAGGAUAUUGAAAAGGGUGUAAGGAAAGAGGUAGAUGAAGCCAUUUCAAAAGCCAAGGAAAGCCCAAUGUUAGAUCCUUCUGAACUUUUCACCAAUGUGUAUGUCAAAGGCCUGGAUGCUGAGGUAUAGUUUUAUAUAUCUAAUUCAUUUUUAUUAUUUGAAAUUCUCUUAACAUAUUUUCUUCUUCUUUGAGCUUUCCAAAUAA